UGAGGAGCCUGGUGUAGACCCCUGCGACAGUGACAGAAAAAUAUGAUUGUGAUCCACUAGGUGGCAGCAGAUGGCUAUAAAAACUUGCCGUUGAAGACGUUUGUCUUUCUCUGAAGUUUUAUUACAUAUACCUUUGUAACAUCAUGUUUGGUAGUGAUAAAGUUAGAACUUGUGUCAUGGCUCAAAAAAGGUUGAGAAACGCUCACUCUGAUGUUCAAGUUGUUGUGCUUGAUUGCGUCAUCAGGCAGAGGGCAGGCUUUCUUCAGUCAGUCUGGACAGAAGACGGCAGAGUGGGGUCACGGUGUUUUUACUCUCACUAAUGUUGGAAGAAACUGCUGCAGAACACACCCUUAACACCGCUGCUGGUUCCCUCAGUGGCCAUGAACUCACGGCAGCAGCCGUACACUCUGGAGUUACUUUGUGACGCAUAAAUUGUCCAAGCCUUCCCAGAGUGGAAGAACUUACGAAGGAGACACAUGCAGAGAUUUGCAGAACCCUGAAGUGCGUCUUCACGUCGAAGGUGAAGAAGCUGCUCCCGGAUCUAAAACAACGGCCGCCCGUUCGUGUCCUCAGUUCGAGGUUGGAAGAUGCAGCAGAUGAAAGUGUCCUCGCUUUUGUUGUCGGUCUUCACUGUGCUGUCUUCUGCUGUGAGCGGAUAUCCCGUUAAUGUAGAGACAACGCCGAUAACGCACGGCAACAUUCCAGGAUUUGUAACUGACUUGAAGGUGAUUGGAAAGCGUAGCAGUCGUGAAGGUCAUGGUACAUUCUUGGAGCUGCAGCAGGAUAAUCUUUUUCAGACUCUAUCAACCAGUUCAUCGUCACUUAAGUCCAGACACCACUGGUCCCAGCAACUCCCUGAACCUGAACCUGAGGAGGACAUCAAGCCCUUCAUCAUAGACCUACAGAACUUCCCAGAGCUGGCAGAUGCAGACAUAAGCUCACAGAACCCUAACAUCCAGGUGACCAUCGAGGUGAUGGACAAUGGCCAGACUGAGAUGGAGAUUGAGAUGGACUUAGCCAAGGAGGGUCAGCGCAAUGACUGGUCAACGUGGUCAUCUGAAUGGGCCAACAGCCACAAAGAGUUGUUCCGGACCCUGUUCUGGGGUUACCCAGAAGAGCCUGAAAAUAGGCUAGGACAAGUCGGUUUGGGAGAGGAGUCUCAGGAACACACACACAGCACAGAGGAGCUCGUCCUCAGCACCAAGGGGGUCGAUGACAGGCAGCCAUUAAACACAAACUGGCACAGUAGGGACAACUAUGACUCUGGGGCGUCAGCAACCUUGGAGACACCUGUCCACAACACCAACAACACCAGUUUACUCGGCACUGGUGUAGACAGCUGUGACAAGUGGCUAAGUUGCAAGAAUGACUUUCUCCAGAAGUAUCUUCAUCAAGUGCUCACUGAGCUCCCGAGCUGCCCCUGCGUCUACCCCUCUGAGACCGUCUACAAAGCUGUUUACAUUCCAGAUUCCAGACUUCAAAAGACCUAUCGGUGGAGGGACUCAAGUGGUCCCAAGGAACGUCUGGACAUCUACAAGCCAUCGGCCAGAUUUUGUAUCCACUCAAUGCUAUCCUAUGACAGCACAACUUUGGGGGCUCAGCACUGCUGCUAUGAUGACCAGAUGAGACUAAUUACACGAGGGACCGGAGCUGGAGCGCCAAAUUUGAUCAGUACUGAGUUUUCACCAGAUUUGCAUUACAAGGUGGAUGUGCUUCCCUGGAUCCUGUGCAAGGGGGACUGGAGUCUUUUUCACUCGGUGAGACCACCCAAUAAUGGACUGGCGUGUGGGGACAACCCUUCAGAUCAGGUGUUUCAGAUGCAGCUGAAAGAAGUGAAGGAGUAUUGACACUGCCAGAUAACUCCACAAGCCGUUCUCUAUGACUGGUUUCUGGACAAGCCCGGAGAACUGCACUGCUACAGUAAUGAGCAUCUGUCCGAGGUGAACCUGUGUCUGCUCUCCACAGACAGAAAACUCUGAAUGGCACAUCUCCUCAUUUAAAUAAAUAUGUAUUCGUUUUGUACGAA